AUGUUUAGAGAAGAAUUAUACCGUGAUAACAGUAUGGCUGUUGUGUCCAAUAAUACAACUUUAUAUGAUAUUGAUAUAAAGAGCAAUAAUAAAUCUAAAAAUAUGGUAAGUAGUGAACAUAAUACUCCCAAUAUGAAACCUGUAAAACAAUUCCAUACCAAUGAUUAUUCUAAUAAUUACAUAUUUACUGGAUCCACUCCUCAAAGUCAUGUAUCCAAUAUUGAAAAUCCUGUAGAAGGAUAUCCCAAAUUACAAAAAUUAUUCCAAUUGAAGGAACAACAAAUAUACAAGACCACUACCACCCCAUUUGGUUGUAAAGUAAACAUUGAUCAAAUGGUGCCCAUGUUAAACUAUUGGAUUCAAAAGGAAAAAUUAACAUUUGAUGUUGUUAUGAUUGGAUGUUUAAGUGAUAAUCAAUUUAUUUAUCCAAUUUUGACUCAAUUGCCCCUAGAUAGACUUGUCUCCAAACCUGGGUUUUUAUUCAUUUGGGCAAGUGCACAAAAGAUUAAUGAAUUAUCCAAAUUAUUAAAUAAUGAAAUCUGGGCAAAGAAAUUUAGAAGAAGUGAAGAAUUGGUAUUUGUCCCCAUUGAUAAGAACUCCCCCUAUUACCCCGGGUUAGACGCAGAUGAAGAUGAUACCUUAAUGGAAAAGAUGCAAUGGCAUUGUUGGAUGUGUAUCACUGGUACAGUACGUCGAUCCAGCGAUGGACAUUUGAUCCAUUGUAAUAUAGAUACUGAUUUAAGUAUUGAAACUUCCACAACCAGAGAUGGAGCUGUUCCAACACAUCUGUACAAAGUGGCUGAAAAUUUUUCCACUGCAACAAGAAGAUUGCAUAUUAUUCCAGCAAGAACCGGUAAGGAAAAACCUGUACGUUUAAGACCUGGUUGGGUUAUAAUGAGUCCCGAUGUUAUGAUGAAUAACUUCGAACCAAAUAGAUAUAAGAAUGAGAUAGCCAAGAUUGGUAACAACAUCCCAUUGAAAAAAGAGAUCGAGAAUUUAAGACCUAAGAGUCCAGUACAAAAGGCCCAAUAA